AUGUCGGAUAAACGAAGGCAAGUAGCCAUUGUGAAAGCAAAGCAACAAGUUGCUCAGAAAAAAAGACGACGAAGAACUGAGGAUAGUGUAAAUUACCCAUCUUCAUCGUACUCUUCCCACUCACGGCAACUUACGAGCGAUAACUUUGAAUCGCCUUCCGAUCGAUCUUCGCCUAACGAGGAGGAAGAAGGCGAAGGGGAGCAAGACCCCACUCAAAAACAUUUAACUGAAGAUGAAGAAGAUGUGGUGGAUUAUUGUAAAGGUGGCUAUCAUCCUAUUAAGAUUGGAGAUCAAUUUCAAAAUGGAAGAUAUAUAGUUGUGCGAAAAUUGGGUUGGGGUCAUUUCUCUACGGUAUGGCUUGCCAAAGAUAUAACUAUCGAUCGUCACGUUGCGUUAAAAGUUGUAAAAUCAGCACAACAUUAUACAGAAACAGCAUUGGAUGAAAUUAAAUUACUUAAAAAAAUUGUAAAUACUAAUCCUGAGGCUCCUGGUCGUCGUCAUGUGGUCGAACUUUUGGAAGAUUUUCGAAUUGAAGGACCAAACGGUCAACAUGUUUGCAUGGUGUUUGAAGUUCUCGGCGAAAAUCUAUUAAGCUUAAUUAAGCGUUACAAUCAUCGCGGAAUUCCGGCACCAUUAGUCAAACAGAUUACUAAACAAGUGCUUAUGGGCCUGGAUUAUAUGCAUCGAGAAUGUGGUGUAAUUCAUACAGAUUUAAAGCCGGAAAAUGUGUUGGUUUGCAUUGAAGAUGUUGAGGAAGUGAUUAGACAUGAACUUUCGACUGCAAAUCCACCAAAAACAACAACUCAUAAGAAAUCAUCAAGUGAUGUUAUUACGCGUAUAACCAACAGUCAACCUUUAUCAUCACCUACGUCUGCUUCUCCAAGAUCAUCAAAAUCUUCCUCCAUAUCUCUUUCACACCCUUCGCUUCCACCAACUUCUACAUCAACUAAAGGAAUGUCAAAAAGUCAGAAAAAGAAAUUAAAAAAGAAGAGAAAAGCUGAAAAGGAGCAAAAUUUAUUAAAUGGCGCUACAAAAAAUGCUGCAGUUGAUAAUUCUCAUUCCCAUGGAAACAAUGUCGUACAUAAUUUGGAACGUAAUCUUAACGAUAUUUCCCUCGUGGAUAAAUCAAAAAUCAUCAAUCCAAACCCGUCAUCAUUGCAUUCACGAAGAGUUUCAUCCGCGUCGAGACACACUGCCGAGACUCCACGGAUUACUGUGAAAAUUGCUGAUUUGGGUAACGCUUGUUGGGUGGAUCAUCAUUUUACAAAUGAUAUUCAAACAAGACAAUACAGAAGUCCCGAAGUUAUUCUGGGCAGUCGUUGGGGUACAAGUGCUGAUAUCUGGAGUAUGGCUUGUAUGGUAUUUGAAUUAUUCACUGGAGACUACUUAUUUGAUCCACAAGCCGGUAGUCGAUACAACAAAGACGAUGAUCACAUCGCACAAAUAGUCGAACUACUGGGUCUAUUUCCAAAACAUUUGGCUUUGGGUGGCAAAUAUUCUAAUGAAAUAUUUAAUCGAAAAGGUGAGCUUCGUCAUAUUCACAAGCUUCGCUACUGGAAACUCCCGGAGGUUCUCUGUGAAAAAUAUCUUCUUCCUCGAAAUGAGGCCGAACUUUUCGCCAGUUUCUUAAUUCCAAUGUUAGAUUUGAAUCCUGAAAAACGUGCCUCAGCGAAACAGUCAUUAACUCAGCCUUGGCUCGAGGAAGGUUGCUAUGAGUCAUCCGGCAAAACUAUGACGGCGACGACAUCACCAUCAUCAUCAGCUUCACAUGUAGUUGUACCGUCAUCGUCUCGAGCUUCUGCUCCUAAUCCAACCAAUGGAACAAGGAAUAAAAGCAGCACAGUAAAAAGUAAUAAGAGUUUAAGUACGAAGAGUAAAUAA